UAUCACCACCUCCUGUUAAUCCAUCAUCACCAACAGCAACAGUAACGAAUCCUUUAACAUCACCAUUUCCUGUUAAUUCAUCACCAUCAACAGCAGCUCCUUUAACGCAAACAACAAUAUCUUCAUCUUCUCCUGUUAAUUCACUGCCAUCAACAGCAGCAGUUUCUUCAAUGCAAACAUCAAUAUCAUCACAACCAACAUCAAUAGCAACGUCUCCUUUGAUCUCGCCAACGCAACAAUCAUCAAAGUCUUCUAUUAAUAUAAUUUCUGUACAAUGGAAUCCUGAGACUGGAUCGAAUAAGAGUAAAGUCACAGCUACUACAACUACUGCUACGAAUGCAGACUCUUCUAGUAAUAUUCCUAGUUUUAAUAAAGGCACUACGAAUACAGGUUCUCGUGCAACAAGUAGUACUUCAAGUGUUGACAAUUCAUCAAAUAAUGCAAACAGAUUUAGCUUCAAGUUAUGCGGUAUCGACGAACCUGUUUAUACCGAAAUCUCAAAACUCUAUAACGGCACGGAUUCCCGAUAUAAAGCACGAUUUCUGUGGAACGGAUUUUUUAUUCCGUAUUUAUAUUUGGAGAUGUUUAUAUCGUUUCCGGCUGUCAUCAAAGGAUCCAAGGAUCACAGACGAAAGAAGUUAGUGAGUGAUUCCGAAAGACAUGGGUGA